GCGGUCUGGCACCAGCACUUGAAUCUGGGGCUGGUGGCGUUCUCGGAAGGUGACCAUGUCAUCGAUACAGCCGACGGCGACCCGUACAUAGUGACGGUGUCGGACUGCCCGGAUGUGCGGGCGGCCAGGUUCGGCAGCUACGAGUCCCCGCCGCCGGGGAUCGACCCGCAGCAGGUGUACCGGUUCGGAGCAGGGCCGACGGACGCGGGGGUGGCGCAGCUCACCGCCGAGGCAGAGCAGGUGGCACCCGCCGAGUGCCGGAUGCCCGCGCCGGCGGUCGGCAACCCAGAGCUGCUAGUGAACCUGCGGCCCCUGGUCCCGCCGGGCGGCCGCGGGCAGCGGGAGGAGCUCGGUAUCGAGGGGCACCACAAGCGCUUCCGCCAGGUGUGCAAGCUGGGCGUUAGCGACUGGGGCAGUCAGGAGCACGUCCAGCCCUCUCAGCAGAUCAAGAGGGCGACGUACCGGGACCAGGUGGAUGGCACCAACUCGUUCAGCGUUGAGAUGAAGUUCCGGAGGCUCCAGACUACUGAGGCUGCGCACUGGGACAAGGCCAAGGACGCCGAGAGCAAAGGGGCUGGCGGCAAGAUGAGCCGUGAGGAUCAGGCCGCCUUCUCUGGGCUGUCACGCGCGACCUCCACGGUCGUGGUGGCCCCCGACCUCAUCGAGUACGUCCGCGCCGAUGUUGAGAAGGAGGCAACGUUGCACAAGAGUCUGCGCCUGGCCCGCGAGGUCAUGGGCCUGCUCCUACUCAAGACGUCCGCGGUGAACGGCGACGUCGUGCACGUGAUAUCUUUCCUCUGCCGUACCCGAAGGAUCGCGAGGUCUUUGAUCGGGACGUGGGCCGUGGGUUAUUUCGUGGAUUGCGACAGCGGCUGGGUAAGAGCGCUUUUGCAGCUUCGCGUGGCCGGGGGCGCCUACGCAGUCGAGCAGUCGUCCCUCGGGAGCUACGACCCCGCGCUCCUCUCCUUGCCUGACGUCAGCGCGGCUCCCGUCCCGCUGGCGGAUGUGCGGGGGGAGGGCGGGCUAUCCAACGUUGAACUCUUUGUUCAGCAGGGCCUGCUCAGUCCGAGCGAGGCGGCAGCCCGUCUCCGUCAGAGUUCUGUGCCUGUUCCCUACUCCGACCCCAAGCUUCGCGACCAGAACUGCUGGUCCAGUUUUGUCCAGCUUUUGUAUGGGCGCCACCUCAUCGAGUACGCGCUUGAGGAUGGCAUACGAGCAGACAUCUUUUUCGUCAAGAAGAAGGGCGGCCGCCUCCGCAUGGUUGCGGACUGCCGCAGGUCCAACGAGAUCUUCGUGGAGCCCGACGGCGUCAGGCUCGCCGCGGGGGACGCGUUCGGUUGCCUUGAGAUGCUCGACGACGACAGCGAGCUCACCAUCGAGGGCGCGGACCUGAAGGACGCAUUCUAG